CAUGUGUGUGUCAAACUAAAUGCUUAUUGGUGUGAUUGAGAAAAUGUGUAUUAUUAUAAAUCUGAAACCAGUUGAAUUAUUCGUUUAAUUCAGUUAUAUCAAAAUGAGCAAUAAUAAGGAGGGUUCCCAAUUAAAUGAAAUUUUGGAAGUGGCGCAAAAUCGUCCUGGGACGAAUGUGGCCAAGUGUAUACAGGCCUAUUAUGAGAAGCCAGAACUGUCCACGCUGGUCACCCUCCUCGAAGAAGUUUCGAAGAAUUCGGACUUUUCAACUGAUUUGCGCCUAUCAUUGGAAUAUUAUCUUGAUGAAUUCUCUCACCACUGCGAUGCAAACGGGAAUGUAUCGAGGCGCGCAGCGCUUAUUGCAGCCGGAAGCGUUGUGCAAUAUUGUGGCAAAAUCUAUAGCGACCGCGUGGAAUAUAUCUACCAAAUCGCUGAACAGCAGAUUGAGGCACUACUCACGGCUGAUUUGGGGAAAGAUAACCCAAAAGACAACAACACCGAGACUGCCAACAAAUCGGAAGAACCGAAAAAGCGUCGCGCCAAAAAAUUAACUCAAAAGGAAGUCGAUCCAUAUAUGAUAACAGUGGAGCCCCGUAAAUUCAAAACAAUGUCACCAGAAAAGCGAUUUAGCAAUACCGGCUUUAUUAAAUGCUCACGCACUCGUACAAUCGAAUACCUGUAUCAGGAUCACAUACCGCCCAGCAUUUGGAAGCAUGCGCCAGUCGUAGAUCCGGACAACCCGGCGGAUGAGGACGAAAAGAAAAACUACAAAAUGUAUAUAUAUCACGCAGAGCACAGAUACAAUACGCUCAUUCCCGAUAUACCAUUCGACCGGCUGAAUCUAAUAAAGGAAUAUGUCUAUUCCCAUCAACUGAAUAUGGCGGAUAUUUUAAAUGAACACAUGACAACAAGAGAAUAUCUAAACGAGUACAUAGCAUUGGAAAAUCAAGUACUUGCGGAUCGAUAUGGCGUAUCGCUACGUCCACAAAAACACAAAAAUCUAGAAAUAGGCGGUGUGCCGAAUAAGCGAUUGCGCCUCGAAUUGUGUGGUGAAAAUCUUAACGGAACGGAACCCUUGACAGCUUUGGACAGUGGGUUUGAAACCGGGGAAAGCGGGGAAGGCAUUGAUUCGGCAAUGGAGACCAUGUUCGAACGUAGUUUGGAUGGCCAAGAUGUUAACCAAUCACACGAAAACGUUGAUUCAGCAAUGGAAAACACGCUUGAAUCCAGCGCGGAAGUCCGAAACGAUAACCAAACGGAGGUCCUGGUAACUCUUUCAUCAAGGGAAGUUUCAGGAGUGAACACCAGCACAUCAGAUCUUGACCAAACAACACAGGCUCCAUCCAUAUUGACGUCAAACAUUAAUUCAACAAUGAAUAGCACAGCAAAUGAAGCAUUAUGUUUUAACGACUCAAGUGUUUUAGAGAGUACACGAAUUGAGUUGCCAAAUCAUUUAAGCUCCUCACAGAAUUCGAGUGCUCUAGUGGGUGAUAAAGACGAUCUAACCAAAUCGAACGGGCAAAGCUUAAUCGACUCGGGCAUUAACAUUACAGAUGAUAGUCCUUUGGCUACUGAAGGACUGAGUUUUGAUGACGAAGGCGUUGUUCUUUCAGAUAUAGAAGAAUUGCGUCGCCUGUCACCGCCAAUAAUGGUGCAGGAUCUUUUGCCUGAUGUGCCAAAUGAGAAUAAUCUAACUGUAAUACCUGAUCAGGAUACCUUAAAUGGAGUCAGCGUCUCGAAAGAAGAUAAUGCACACAGAGCUCAGAGCUAUGACAUAGAAGAAUCUGAGGAAAUACUCAAUGUGCAAAGGACCCAUAUAUAUGAUAUAGAAUUAAAUAUUUUCCAAUUUCCAAAAAAAGAGCUACGCAGAAAGGGUCUUUUUAAAUUGCCAGACGAAUUUCAACUUUUUAUGCAAGCGCGAAAUCCACAAAAACCGGAACCCGAAGCGAAAAAUCGAAAGGCGCCUCGAGCUAUUACUCUUCUGCCAGUUCAGCAGGAGGCAUCGGUUGGUAUCUAUCCGCGUAUUCAAGCAUCCAUUGCAGAUGAUUCGAUUAACAUGCUAGAAUUUGGGGAAAAUUACGAGUUUCAUGGAUUUAACGAUGAUGUGGCCAAAACGUACAAGGACAGACGUCCCACGCAUGACUCCGGUAUAGACCACGAUAAUUCACAGACCUUAGAUGCACAUGUGGCCAUGGAUGCGCCACAUCAGUUGGAAGAUGCUUUUGAUUUAGUUGAGAUGACAAUAGAUGCUCUUGCCGAAAGACUGGCAAAUGAAAUAAUAAACGAGGCUGUAACAGAACAUCAAGACGAAUCAGAUUGUGAAAAAGCUCCAAGCAGUUCCACAAACGCAGCCUCAGUAGAAGAAAACAUUCCAACGCUCAACGAGACAACAGUGUUGACAGAAGAGGAAGCUGUUCCAGCUAUAAAAGUGUCAGAAGAUACUAUCGGACCAUCAACCAUGGAGGAGGAUUUGAACAACGAGGAGGCAGAACAGAAUAGGCAGAACCAUUUAAAUGAAUCAGCAGCAGUUGACAGUGUGUUUGAAGACGAAAACAGCCCGGAUAUGCCGCCCGUAGAAACAUCAAGCAGUUUCAUUGACAACUUAAAUAUAAUGGAAAACCAAUUCGAAGAUGUAUCAGACUCAAGUGCCAUGAUAAGGAAUUGGCACUUGCAAAUUGCUCCUGCGUUGCAAGCGGCGCACGAUCGACAAAAUUUUGACAUCAAAAACAUUGGCACCGAAAUGAUCGAUGUGUGUUUGGCACACAACAGUUGUGCAACAAUGGCCGAUGUUAUGGCAGGGAAGGAUGUGAGCACAUUUUCGCGCUAUUUUCUUGCAUGCCUGCUCUUGACGAACCAAGGCAACUUUUCCUUGAACCCUGGCGCACACAAUCCGGAUGAGCCUGUCGAUAUGAACGAUCUUAAAAUAACAUUAUUGACAACGAAGCGUCAAGAAAUAAAUCCCGAAGACGACAUUGGCAACGUCAACAGCAAUUUUAAUACCCCAGGAGAUGUCAGGCUUGUAAAGCCCGGAAAGCGCAAAAUGGAAACUUCGCAAGUAAAUUUGAAAACGGUACGCCUUAUAGAACCAGUACCAAAAUCUCGUGAACGUCCAGAGGAAGCCGACUCGGGUAUAUCGUCACUUCCAGCGUCUAUGUCGUCGUCAAUAGCUUAGUAAUGUUUUCGUCUAUGAAUGUGAUAAAUAUGUGUAUACCCUUCGACGCCAUUUUUCAUCAGUAUGAAAAGGAAGGUCUAUCCGUCUGUUUUUUGUGAACUAGUCCUUGAGUAGAUAACCUCUUUUUAGCUUGGAUCAGAAUGAUACUAGUAAAAGGAGUAUUAUCAUUUCCAUCGCUUCCCACAAUAUCUUGACCGAAUUUAUUACAUUAUUAUUUAAUCGAUGUUUGCAUACACGUAUGAAUAAGCAAUAAUCCAAGAAUAAUUUGCGAAAGGUAUGCAAUCAUCGACAUGCCGAAGAUAUUUAUCUUUUCUCGUUUUAUUUUAAUGUUCUGUUUAGUGAAUAUGUAGACAAAGACUUAUUGAAUAGAUUGUUUUAUGUUUGUAGAAAAUAUUGCUAUUUAAUUUGUAAUCACUUCGGCUGAAAAUGUAACAUACACUUUUUAGUUUUACUGUCAAAUCAGGAAACUGGCCGUACACCACCUGCACUGCAAUUCGUCUAAGAGAUUUAUUUAAAAUGCCAAAGGGCCAUAUGCAUUUUAGUGACGACGAAAUGUAUAUUUCCACGGCAAGCGCUUCAAGAGGCAACGAGCCAAUCGUAAAUAUUCAUCUAUGUACAAAAUCAUCUUAAAUUAGAUUUAUUUUUGAGUGCAAAUCGUUCAUAAAAUCAUGGAAAAUAUUGGACGUUAGGUAAUAGUUUCAAUGUUAAAUUUUUUUUUUAUAGUAGUAAGAGUCGACAGUAUUAUGUAAGCUCGAUUUCCCUAAAUGCGAAUGCUUACUAUGUGUGAGCUUAGGUA